UGAGUCUGCUGCAAACAUGGCUUCCAGACUGGAGAUAAAUUUCGUCCGAUUAUUGUCUCGCUGUGAGUCUAUCGCCGCGGAGAAACGAGGCGAGACGGAGUGGAGGUUAGAGAAGUAUGUGUCCGCCCUGGAGGAGAUGCUGGUGGCUCUGAAGAAAAGCCUGAGCAAACCCACACCUGAAGUCCUCACUGAUUACACAAGAAAAGUAGAUUUCCUGAAAGGACUCCUAGUGGCAGAGAAACUGUCUUCAGCCACAGAAAAAGCUUUAGCCAACCAGUUCCUCGCCCCAGGACGAACACCCACAAUAGCCAACGAGAGGAUGCCGGCCACUAAAACUGUUCACAUACAGACGAAGGCGCGGUGCACAGGAGAGAUGAGGGACGAGCUGCUCGGCACGGUUUUGCCUGGCAAAGGCACAUCAGAGACCGAUUUAAGAAACAGAAGAGGUCUUCCUCUGGAUGAGCGUCAGUCUGCCACCGAGCUGGACGCUGUCCUACAACAUCACCACAACCUGCAGGAGAAACUGGCCGAGGACAUGCUCAACCUGGCCCGAAACCUGAAGAACAACACCAUGGCUGCACAGAACAUCAUCAAACAGGACAACCAGACUCUGAGCCACUCUAUGCGCCAGGCAGACCUCAACUUUGAGAAGCUGAAGACGGAGUCGGAGCGAUUGGAGCAGCACACCAAGAAGUCUGUGAACUGGUUCCUGUGGCUGAUGCUCAUUCUGGUCUCCUUCAUCUUCAUCAGCAUGAUUCUCUUCAUCAGAAUCUUCCCCAGACUCAGAUGAUGACAGUGCGCAGCGCUGAACUCUUAGUCCUGCGUCCUCCUUGUGUUUACAAAAGCAGUAGCGACGUGGCUAUCAGUGAAAUCAGUCUCCUCAGCACGUCUGUGUGUGUGUGUGAGAUGCAGAUCAGUAGUAGAGUUCAGAAUCAGAACCGAAACAACUUCAUCUGAAGGACUGAAGACUUUGCACUUUUUGAAACUGACAUCCUUCCUCUUUGUCUUCCUCUGAUGAAAGAAAGCUCAAAACGCAGGAUUUGUUUUGGUCAUCAUCAGUAUUCAUGUUUUUGUAACAGGGCAGAACGUGGACGUAAAGAGCUUCAUGGAACAGCAGCAUAGUCUUAAUAUCCAAACGGCAGACAAAACAAACUGAGCCUUAACUAUUUUCACCAGUUCGCUUAUUAGCCAUUCAGUACAUUUAAGUCUGAGUCAUGCUUUCCACCCUGUAGAUCAUACUGUAUUUCAGAGGUCAUGAGUCGGCCACUACCCAGUUCAUUUUACCCUGGAAAUCCACAAUUUUAAUAUUUUUUGGUAAUUUAAAAACAAACUGAUUCUGUCCUAGAAACUAAUUAGUUAUAUUUUUUGCUUUAAACCCUCUGAUUAGUAUCCAUAUACGUAUGGAGUAUAUAUGGAGCAUUAUACAUCACAAAGUUGUGGUAGGAGUUUUAUCUGCUGGAAUAAGUCGGUGAACAUUAUUGUUGAGCGUUUCAGAUCUUCAUGCUGUUUGAUGUCUUUCACCACUCCACAUGUUCACGUUGUCCUCAGUCCUGUUCAUUGUUAAACGUCUCUGUCAGUGGUAAAGUGGCUGAUUCCAUAAAUGUAUAUUAGGUAAUUAGUUGGUGGUGAUGAAUGCAGAUGUCGAAGAAUCCCCCAUUUAUUCCUGCGAGUGUUAGUUCCAAAGGGUUGUGCUUGUGUGUGUGUUUGUGUGUGAGUACGGGACCACAACAAAAGGUGGUUCCAGAGAACAUUAAAUAAAAUAGUUAAUUUUG